UUUUGGCUCUGGGUUUUUUUAUGUGAUACUAUUGUUGAUAAUUGACAGAUUCGUUUCUGUCUUUGUUGUAAUUGUUUCUAGUUGUAUUAUUUUGGCGUAAACACUUUUUUCAAGUGUGUUUUUACUUCCAAAAUUGUUGUUACCGGUAAACGUUGCGUGGUCGCCAUUUGCAAAGAUGGCGGCCAUGUUACCGGUUAUGUCUAAUGGUUUAUUAUUAUUUCUCUUUGUAGAAAUUCUAUCAUGUCAGAUGCUAGUACAUGCCGACAACGUUCUUUUUCUCGCUGUCGGAAGUUCCUAUCGCGUGAUGGUCCUCAUGAGUUUUGUCCUUCAUGCCGUGUGCCUUGUUCGGCAGAGACGAGAUGCGAUGUUUGUUCCAAAUUGUCCGACUUGGAGUUUGGGAAUUACUUGACUUUGCUGUCUACUAGGGCCAAGAAGGCAGAGUCAACCCUGGCGGGGUCUUCGGCGCCGUCCAUAGCCGACUCAGUGGCCGAUGCUUUGAAGUUGAUGUUGCCUGCAAUGUUACAAGAGACCUUGGCAGCGAUGUCAGCAGAUCCACAACCUGAGGCGGAGGGGUUACCCUCCCUCUUCUGUGACAGCGGUUCCAAGUACUAAACCGGGAUCUAUGGCUCCACGGAAGUCUCCGGCGGCGGCCAAACAUUCAUCACGGGUGCCUGCAGGAUCCGGUGUACAGGCCGAGAAGGGUACUUCGUCGUCAAAGCAGAUAUCAUCUUCUGAUCACCGGUCUGAUCCAUCCUUGAAGGUGCGGGCGCACGGGUCCAUGGGUCACCGUGCCAGACGUAGUAGAAGUCAUUCACCACGGACUCCAGCGGCUCCAUCGGUUCAUCCAAGGAGGCCGCUGUCGGCUGAUGCGGUCUCUAUGGUUUCCAGGCGGGACUGCCCACGGUCUGGCUCUUCAGUAUCCUCGAGGGACCGUCCACAGUCCGGUACUACAACGGCCCAUGAUCUACCAGACAGACAUGCCUGCUCUCGAGUUCUCCGAGAUUUUCCAGAUGAAGGGUCGGGUCCAUCGGUGGCGGAUUACCCAGAGGCGACUGAUCAAUUGUCCUUGAGGGAUUGCCUAGCAGUUGUAUAUGACUUGCUUCCGUCGCUGCCUCAUCCACUGGCUCCAUCCAAGAAGGGACCAGUGCCGAUGAUUUCUACAGACGUGCUUCCGGAGGAUGUCGUCAUUCGUUCUUUGGCAGCGGGAACCUUGGUGUCAGAUGUGGCCUCGGUCUUGGACAAGACUUUUCUUGAUACAGCAUCUUUCGUGGCUUUUCCACACUGGUCAACUCGAGCUUAUCCAGUGUUUAACAUGCCGUUUCGGGAUACGGCUCCGGUGCUUGAUGAUGAUGUCCAGCAUUUAGGAAAAUCUUCCUCUGUAGAGUUGACAGAUCAGCAAGCCAUGUCUAUGUAUACGGCUCAACGGCGCUGUUUGUACGUUCUAUCGUACUUAGACGUCUUUUUAGCGGCGAUGGCUACCCAAGUGAAGGACUCCAGGUGUUACUCCUUGUUCCAACAGUCAGCCCAGAUGUUGUCAUACUUGACGUCGUCCAUCACAUUCAUGUCAACGAUGAUUACGCACCAUAGACGGCAAGCCUUCUUGAAGAAAUCAACAUUAGAUUCCCAAUGCAAGAAGGAACUGUUAGCGCAGCCAUGGUCUUCCUCUAAAUUAUUUGCGGGCAAGGUAUCUGAUGUCGUCACCGCCAACGAGAAAGAUCAACAAUCUUCGGCAACUGUGAAGGCUUUAUGCUGGAGUCCCAAUAAGCGCAAAAACAGUUUUGUGGCUCAACCUGCCUUCAAGCGCUGGAGAGGUUCCUUUCGGGGAAACUCUUCCUGACGGGUACCAGACAAGAAAUCGUCAGGGCCUCCUGCCAGAGGGAAGCCUUUCCGGCGUUGACACCAACCAGUAGAUUUUGGAUUGCUCCGGCUACCAAGACCUUCGUCUGCCCCACACUUUGACACAGAUCAACGAAUUUCAAUUGACGCUUCCGGUGUCUGUUACACCGGUCGAAAGGACUAUUGCCGGAGGCCGACUACGCCAGUUUUGGAAAACAUGGGAGACUUUGUGCGACGAUCAGUACGUCAUCACAGUCCUGAGAUACGGAUAUUGUCUGUCGACCCUCCCUUAACACGUACGCCCCGAGAGCGUCUGCACUCCGCCGCACAUGUAUGGGUUCUACAAAAUUCCGUCAACAAGCUCUUAGAGAAGGGGGCUGUUUGCAGCAUUCCGCUGUCAGACCUCACGCCAGGAUUUUAUUCCGACAUACUUCUGGUGCCCAAGAAAGACUCGGCGGAUUUACGGAUGAUCCACAACAUGGCUUUUUUCAACAAACAUUAUCUCCAGUCUCCACCAUCGUUCAAGAUGUUGACGGUCAGAGAUGUCGUUGCUGUGGUUCAUCUGGAAGAUUGGCUCGCUUCGCUAGACCUGAAGGACGCUUAUCUUCAUGUACCAAUCUAUGCCACCUGUCAUUGGUACCUGAGAUUUAUACUGCAAGGAAUCCAUUACGAAUGGAUGGUGCUACCCUUUGGGAUAUCAAUUGCUCCAUGGCUGUUUACAAGGAUCACUGCUCCAAUAUCGCGGGUCCUUCACAGCAAGGGUAUUUACUUUUACCCCUACCUGGACGACUGCCUGUUGAAACAUCCCAGUCAAGCUCGGCUCAUCCAUCAUGUCCAGUUUGUCCUGCAGUUCCUACAGUCUCUGGGGUGGAUUGUCAACCACGACAAAUCCCAGUUGCAGCCUACACAAGAUCUGCAAUUCAUCGGUGCACGUCUCCGCUCAGAUCGCGGUCUUGUGCAAGUUCCACUCGACCGUUGGAUGAAAAUCCAGUCCAUCAUCAGGAAGGUGUUUCAAGAAUGGCAGAGUCUGCUGGGGCUGUUGACGUCGGCGCAAGACUUGACUCUCAGACGACGCCUACAGCUACGACGGAUCCAGAUGUUCCUGUAUCCUUACAUUCUUUACCACAACCAAGCCUUGAUGAUUCCAUUGCCGAUUGACCUGCGGUCCAGUCUUCAGUGGUGGCAACGCCAAUCGAACGUCUUAGAAGGCAUCUCUUUGCGGCCGUUUUAAGCGACUCAUCAUCUGUUUGCAGAUGCGUCACUCGAGGGUUGGGGAGCACACCUCAAUGGCCAGACGUCGUCGGGGCAGUGGUCUGCAGAAGAAUCGGUGCUACACAUCAAUCUUCUCGAGAUGUUGGCGGUCUACAUUGCGAUCCUUCACUGGCGUCACCAGUUGAUUGGAGCGUUUCUCAUGGUGGCAACCGACAGCGUGACGGUGGCGGCUUACAUCAAUUGUCAGGGCGGCACACACUCAGACAGUCUUCUCCAGAUGCCUUAUUACCUGUACGAUCUGGUGGAUGAUGUACCUCUGCAGCUGCGAGCAAAACAUAUUCCAGGGGUGUCCAAUGUCCUAGCCGACAGUCUAUCUCGUCCGUCAUCGCCGCAGUCAACCGAGUGGAUGCUACAUCCAGACGCCUUUCGUUGGGUGUGCGAGCGUCUUUGGUCUCCGAACAUCGAUCUGUUCGCCACGAAGUUCAACCAUCAGCUUCAGGUUUAUGUAUCGCCAGUUCCAGAUCCAGAUGCGUUCGAUCUCGAUGCUCUCACCAUCAGCUGGGAUCAGAUGGAUGCAUACGCCUUUCCACCGCCGAUCCUGCUGCCUCGGGUGUUACAGCGGUUUCAACAAUACCGAUGUUGCCUGUUGCUGAUCGCACCCAUGUGGCCAUCAAGGGUGUGGUUUCCAGAUCUAAUCAGUCUCGCUGAUCCACAUCCGUUGCCUCUGCCCGAGUGGGCCAUCUACUGCGGCACCCCACAUCUCGGCUCUACCAUCCAAAUCCACGCUUGUUCCGGCUACACGCGUGGACCGUAUUGCCAGAGGUCUGAAGAAGAAGGGGUUUUCUUCAUAGUCUACUGCAGCAAUUUUGAAGGCUCAUCGAUCAUCUACUACAGCGGUCUAUAAUGUCUGAUGGCUGUGUUUUUAUAGAUGGUGUCUGCGACAACACAUUAAGCCUCAGAAAAUUCCAGUCCAUCAUUUGGCAGACUUUCUGAUGUACCUUCGGACGUCACUGAAGUUGAAAGGCUCGACGAUUGCGGGUUACGUCUCGGUCAUUGCUACUGUUCGUAAUCCGGCUACUGGAACGAAGCUCUCCAUCAUCCCUGAAAUUAAUAAGAUGGUUAAGAGCUUUAAAUUGGAGGAUCUAGUUCGUCGCUUUCAUCCUCCGAAGUGGGACCUGACUCUGGUUUUGAGGUCCUUGGUGGUUGCACCAUAUGAGCCGAUUGAAGAGUCCUCAUUAGAACUUUUAACUCGGAAAACAGUUUUUCUGUUGGGGUUUGCAACGGCUGCUCGAGUCUCGGAAAUUCAUGCCUUGGAUGUCGACCGUGUUAGAUUUCAUCGUGAUUGUUACUCGGUUUCCUUGGGGCUUCUAAUGAACUUUGUGGCUAAAAAUCAGUUACCUGAUCAACAGCCAUGAACGUAUGUGGUUCAUGCAUUAUCAUUUAUACUGGGUCCGGCCGAUACUGAAGACUUGACUUUGUGUCCGGUUCGUGCUUUGUACCACUAUAUUGAAAGGACUCGCUCGUUUCGACAACACCAGUCGAGAUGGUUCCUUUCGUGUCACCAGUCUCAUUUAAAAGACAUUACUAAGAACACUGUGGCUACGUGGAUUAGAUUGACUAUUCUGUUUGCAUACCAGAAGGAAGGUUUACCUGCUUCCACUGCCUCCAAUCCACAUGAACUGCGUGCACUGACCGCCACCAUGUCUUUGCACUGCAACACUCCUAUCCAGCACAUUAUUACUGGCUGUUACUGGGCGACGGACUCCAUAUUAGCGAAUUAUUAUCUGAGGGACGUCUCCACUGAGGAUGUCGAGGGCUUCCAUCAUCUGGGUCCUGUGGUGGCUGCGCAGACACUGGUGAACACUAGCCGUCCUCAUUGCUGUUGAGGUUUGCUGUUGGAUUCUAGACUGCACACAGAGAUGUCUACUGAAUCCACAGUUGCUUGUCCUGUGUGUGGGGUACCAGUCAAAGAGUGCUAUGUCAAUCUACACCUUGACAGGUGUCUACGAAACGAGUGCCAGCAGAAAGUAACUAAACGGAAACCUUUAACCAAGGUUGUUUACAAUCUUAUGUCGGAUAAAGAGCUUAAGAAGAAAUUGAAAGAGCUUGGUCUUUCUGUACAAGGAGACCGACAGUAUCUGUCUUGAUACAAGAGUUUGAGAAAAUGGAAAAUAUGAAAAAUAAGAUGACUAAAAGAUCCAAAGAUUCAAGUGUUGCUGUUAAGAAAGGUUACAAGCCUGAAGAAAUUAGAAAAGCCCAGAACCAGUAUGCAAAGAAGCACAACAGUCAAUACAGUAUACUGAUGGCAGAUGUGAAAAAACGAUUGGCUGAGACAAAACGUUCAAGAACCGGUUCCAGAAAUAAAACUGAUGGUGAUGUUGACUUGAAUGAUGCAGAUGCUGUAAAAUCUUCCUUUUCUGAAGAUCCGUGUCCAAUAAGCAGCUGUAAUGUUGAGUCGACAGGUCUUACAGGUUCACUCGAUGAAAAGUCACCAGUGACCAGUGAAGUAUCAUGUGUUGAAGAUAACAGCAAAGACAUGACCGACUUGACAGGCCAUAGUUCCAUCAAAUCUGCAAGUAAAAGUCUAGAAAAUGUAAGACGAAAUCCAUCAUCUGAAAAAGAACUGCAUAAAAGUACAUCUCCAAGAAAACAACAAUGUUCAAACUUAAUCAUUGGACAUGAUAAAGGUAAAACGAUGAUUGAUACAGAGAAUAGUUUACAUUCUUCAACAAAUGUUCAAUCUUCCUCUAAAAUAAAUCAGUCAUCUUUGAAAGUGACAGCAUCAAAGAAGCCUCCAGAAGAUGCCAUUACAAAAGACAAUACAGCUACUAUUUGUUUAACUGAUGAUUUCCCAGACAAGAAAUCAAGUUCUUCAGGAAAGGAACGGCUAAAUAAAAAAAUGUCCCCAACCAAAGAGUCUGGCCUAAUUCUAAAUGGAGGAUCUCCAAGGAACUACAUGAUGAACAAGCAGUUAAACAAUAAAAUAACAAAUUCUGUCAAUCUGUUAGCUAUGUCUGCUGUUCCAUCUUCUGAGUCUCCCAUUCGGUCGUCACCCAGGAAACAGCUAUUUUCUCCCAAUACGGCUGGCAUUGCUUGUAACAUCAUUACACCAACUGUAGCACACCUUGGUAGUCCACGACAGACCUAUGUUGAAGACAGUGAUCCUGAAGAAUCCAAUGAAAUUAGUUUCAUGGAUGCUAUUGCAGAGUCAAUAGAUAUGUUUGGUUCUGAAUCAAUCUUGGACAGUUCAUCUGUCUGCAAAGAUCUAUGGCCAGCAUUAUCCCAGACUUCCAAAUUCAAAUCACAUGACCCUCUCAGCCAAUCAGAUCUGGAACCAGAUGGAUUGAUGGUUAGAAAUGGUCAAAAGCAGAAUGAUGCUAUGAGUAUAUGUAGUUCAGACUCGGACAUACUAGACUGCGUGAAUGAAGAAAUACAGGUAACCAGUGAUUUAGGUAUAUCCACCCGUCGACAAAAGGCUGAAAGCAGGACAUCUUCUUUAAGACGCAGUGCUAGAUGCAAUAAAAGAAUUCACGAACAUGCUACAGAAAAUGCUACUCCCAAGAGAAAAAGAAGAAAAUAGACCCCAUUACAUUAGAUCAGAAUUUUUUCAUUGAAAUGCUUAUGUUCUCCGAUUCAGUUAUUAUAUUAUGAUCUUUCAGUGAUACAUACGUGCCUCUUAUCAUGAUUUUUUUAUGGCUUUCUUAGCACUGUAAAUACGAGUACUGAGUUUAUAACAUUAAGAAGUAGAUAGACUCAAUAUUUUCACCAAUAUGCAGUGCAUGAUGUUGGGGUGAGAAGGGAUCUUUUUUUUUUAAAGUGCUCUUCCAAAAUAUUCUACUUUGAAGUGGACCAAUUUGUUUUUUUCUUUCAAACCAUCACUCCCAAUAGGGUAUAACAAUAGUUGUGUUUCGUGCUAUACCGCUCAAUAAUAAGGCUUAAGUGUGUUAAAUUGUUCUUCCAUUAGACAUUUGACAUGUGCUGUGUUGUCAAAAAUGACUUGUUAACUUUUAGCAAUAAUGUGAUGUAAUUUCUUUUCAGAAUACUGUUCGAAGCUAAUGAUAAACUAUUGUAUAAAGAUAUAAUGACAGUAGUAUUGCAACAGUAAAUCAUUUGCUGUCGGGUGAUUUAGGCUUUAUAUACUCUGGUGAAUUACAUCAGUCUAAUUUCAGUUGUUCAUACCAUGGCUACACUAAAUUUAGAUGGAAUCACUGUAAUAUAUAGAAUAUAUAUUAUACACUAGCAAUAUAUACGGGUAAUAUUGUACGACAAAAACGCCCAACAAAUUAAUUUUAUUUUUAAAUGAUUUUAUUAAAAAGGUUUCAGUGUAACAAGAUUAUCAUAAUGUAAAAAUCACACUCAUUGUAGUGAUCAAACAAAGAUAGAAGAUUAUUGUGUACAACAGAAAAACA